AACCUCUCUCCCUAUCCAGUCCACAAAUCCAAUUUUUUUUUUAAAUUAAAACUCUCAAUUUCACUAUAUUCCCUAAAAAAAAGAAUUCAUAUUUGCUUUUCUAGAACUCAAAUUAUUUUCAAGUUCUCUGUUUGAUUAUCGAGAAACAUGACUAUUGCUUUAACGAUCGGAGGAAGUGGGUUCUCUGGUCUACCCGGAUCUUCGUUUUCCUCAUCUUCUUCAUCGCUCCGAUUGAAGAACAGCAGACGAAAGGACACGAAGAUGCUGAACAGGAAAGGAGUCAUCUGUUCUUCAUCUUCUGUAAUGGAUCCGUAUAAGACCCUUAGGAUACGACCCGAUUCAUCUGAGUACGAGGUCAAGCAAGCUUUCAGACAACUCGCCAAAAAGUAUCAUCCUGAUGUUUGCAGAGGAAGCAACUGUGGAGUGCAGUUUCAGACAAUCAACGAAGCUUACGAUAUUGUGUUGAAGCAAAUAAAGAAUCAGAUGGAGGGAACAGAGGAGUUUCAGCCAUUCGAUGUCUAUGAAGAGGGAUUCAACGGAAUGAACGAUCCAGAUUGUGACACGUGGGAGGAAUGGAUGGGGUGGGAAGGUGCAGGAACCAGAGACUACUCCUCUCACGUGAAUCCUUACGCGUGAAGACGACGGUGACCGACUUGGCAAUGAUUGUAUGCAGAUAAAUAACAACAGAGAGAGAGAGAGACUGUAAGAUCAAUGUAAAUAGUUGAAAUUGUCUCUCUUGAAUGGCUCUUAAAUGUAAAUAAAGUCAUUUCUAUGUUAUGUAAACUCUCAAAGAUUCAGUGAUUAGCUUAAAAGCUUUCCUGAAUUUGGAUCUAAUGAUAAUAAUUUGGAUUCGAAGUU